AUGGCGAACCCAACCCCCACAACCACAGACCCUACACACUUCAACUUCAUGAACCUUGCGCUGCAGGAGGCGCACAAAUGCACCGGCACGCCGACCGCCUACUGUGUGGGCGCUCUCCUCACCACCCCCGAUGGCAAGAUCCUCUCAACCGGCUACUCGCGCGAGCUCCCGGGAAACACCCACGCCGAGCAGUGCUGCUUCGAUAAGCUCACCGCUGCAGGGCAGGCCAUACCUACUGAUGCAAUCCUGUACACGACCAUGGAGCCGUGCAGUGAGCGACUGUCUGGUAACGUACCCUGUGUGCAGAGGGUACUCGACGCAGGGAUCAAGACGGUCUAUGUGGGUGUUGAGGAACCGGUAUUCUUUGUGGUCAAUACUGGGAGAGAGCAGCUAGCGAAGGGAGGAGUAAAUGUAGUGAAGGUUUUGGGGCUAGAGCAGGAAAUUGGGGAGGUCGCAAUAAAGGGACAUCAGGAGGCGGCAAGGGCGUCAAUAUCGGAUUUUGGGGCCGAUGAUGCUAUUGAAACUAUUGAGGGUAACUGA